UCUCCAAAGGGUAAUUGUUUGGGGAGCAAGCAGUUUUCUUAUAGUGGGCUGUAGAUCAGUACAAAAAUGAACUCAGGCACAGAGUGGGUGGUCCGUUCUGAAGAACCGACAAGAUGGCGGAAGUGGAGCAGAAGAAGAAGCCGACCUUCUGGAAGUUCACCUACCGCGGCGUGGACCUGGACCAGCUGCUGAAUAUGUCCUAUGAGCCGCUGAUGCAGCUGUACAGCACCCGGCAACGGCGGCAGCUGAACCGGGGCCUGUGGAGGAAGCAACACUCAUUGCUGAAGUGUCUGCGCAAGGCCAAGAAGGAGGCGCUGCCCAUGGAGAAGUCGGAGGUGGUGGAGAGGCACCUGCGGGGCAUGAUCAUCCUGCCCGAGAUGGUGGACAGCAUGAUGGGCGUCUACAACGGCAAGACCUUCAGCCAGGUGGAGAUCAAACUCGAGAUGAUCGGUCACUACCUGGAGGAGUUCUUCAUUACCUACAAGCCAGUGAAGCACUGCCGGCCCAGCAUUGGGGCCACCCACUCCUCCCACUUCAUUCCGCUCAAGUAGUCUGCUUGGCCAAUAAAGAACCAGCACUUCCAAAAAAAAAAAAAAAA